AUGGAGGGGAACUUUGGUCGCCUACUCUCUGAUUACCUGGCUAACAUGCUUUACCUUCACCUCGUCUCCCAAACCUCAUCACCUCUCCUCUGCUUUGCAGGGUUUCAUAUAGUCUCUAGAGUUGCAUUGAACAUUGGCGAUCACUGCAAACCAAUGAUUUUUCCUUUUGGGGCUGUAUUAUGCGUCUCCAACUUUGCAUCUGCAAUGCAAAACUCGGUUCCUGCAAUUACUUUUCUAAUGGCUUUGGCUCUAAGACUUGAGCGCAUUAACAUCACAAGGAAAGAUGGGCUGGCUAAAGUUAUGGGAACCAUUGCAAGUCUAGGGGGUGCAACUGUUAUUACUCUUCACCAAGGCCUCCCUCUUCUGAACCAGACACAGCCAAUUCAGGGAAGAACGCCGCUAACAGAAGAAAUGUCAAGUAGCACUGACAUGCAGAACUGGAAAUGGGGUUGCAUCUACCUGCUUGGACACUGCGUAGCAUGGGCUAGUUGGAUGGUCUUUCAGUAUCCGGCGAAGCUCACACUCACUUCAUUCACAUGCUUCUUCGGAUUGAUUCAGUUCCUGGCGAUCGCAGUCUUCGUAGAGACUGAAUUUGAGAACUGGAAAAUCCAAUCUGGGGAAGAAUUGUUUACAAUCCUAUAUGCUUAUAGUGGCCCUGUGUUUGUUGCUGUCUUCCAGCCCUUGCAGACCACCUUAGGUGCUGUCAUGGCAACUCUUGUUCUUGGUGAUCAGUUAUACUCUGGAGGGAUUAUUGGCGCACUUCUCAUCAUGUUAGGUCUCUACUCAGUUUUGUGGGGGUAA